UUGAGUACUGAAUUAUAUUAAGUAAUCUUCUCAUAUUAGUGAAGGAGAAACGAUUUUGUAUGAACCCUGUCUGAUCUGGGUUUAUUAAGAAAGUCAAAAGCUUCUCCAGUCUCAUUGCAAGCAAUUUAGAGAGCAGCUUACUAUCUUCCCCGAUAAGGCUAAUAGGUCUAUAUGAACCACAGAUGUCUGAUGGUUUAUCUUUUUUAAGGAUGAGGUUGAUGUUCGCCAGGUUAAGUGUUGGUGGCAAGCCUCCACGCCCAAACGAGUGUAUAAACAGUGUUGGGAGUAACGCGUUACAAAAGUAAUGCAUUACAGUAAUGUAUUACUUUUUGAUGUAACGCAGUAGUGUAAGGCAUUACUAAUAAAUUUUCUGUAAUAUUUUACUCGGUACAUGUUCAGCGAAGCUUGCAUUACAACCCCUUUUUUUUUUUUUUUAAAUCGAAAACUGCGAGACCGCGAGACAUUUACGAAGGAGGAUUAGGGCGGGUUUUACAGGAGUGACGCAAGACAUGAUUUCUGCGUAGUGCUCGCGCUUGCUAGUGGAAAAGCUAACGAAGAUGGCAGAAGACGACUGUACAUUCGUCAGAUGGACGUAUGCGCAUUACUUCGAGUUUGUCAGAGAUAAGGACAAGAAGAACGUAAUAGUCAAAUGCAACCUUUGUGUAAAAUCGAAAGACCUGUCGACGUCGCGAAAUAGUACUAGCAAUUUAAAAAAACAUCUCGAACGGUGCCAUGCGACCACUACACUUGCUGAGAAGAGAAAAAUAGCGGAGGAUGAGAGAGAUAAGCCAAAGCAGCAGAAAUUAAAUUUCUCUCGGCCUGCCAUCAUACCUCUUGAACCCCGAGAAGUCAGAAGACUUGUGGCAGAGUAUGUCGUCGAAGACAUGUUACCAUUGUCUACGGUGGAAUCUCCUGCUUUCAAGAAGUUAGUUAGCAAGAUCCCUGUGACCAACAACGACAAGCAUGUACUGCCAUGCAGAACAACAUUUGCCAAAGAACUGGAUAGGACCUAUACUGUCAUGGAAAAAGAGCUAAAGAAAACAAUUGAUGAGCAGCAGUACGUGUCAACAACUGCAGACAUAUGGACUGCCAACAACAGGAGUUUUUUGGGGGUGACGGUCCAUUGGAUCGAUUCAGAGACUUUGCAACGGAAGAAGGCUGCGAUCGCUUGUCGUAGGUUCAGAGGUAGACACACUUAUGACGCUAUUGCAUCUGAACUUGAGGAUAUUUUUUCCCAGUAUGGAUUAACUACUGAAAAAGUAACUGCAUGUGUGACAGACAAUGGCAGCAACUUUGUUAAAGCUUUUAAGGAAUACCAACAAGUCGAAACUGAGGAUGAUGAAGAAGAGGACGUGGAGGAAGAUGAUGAUGGGAAAGUGGCCUUCACUGACCUCCACAGCAUUCUCACUGAAGGAGACAAUGAGAAUGCACAGCAAGGACUGUGUGUGCUGCCAGCACAUCAUAAAUGUGCAGCUCACACACUCAACCUCAUUGCCAACAAUGAGGUUCAUAAAUGGUUGGUCUCAAACCCAGAAUCCAGGACUGUUUACCGCAGUUCCACAGCUAAGUGUUCAGCACUAUGGACCAAAGCUAGCCGGUCCACAGUUGCAUCUGAAUGCCUAGAAGAGAUCAGUGAAAGGAAGUUGAUUGUGCCCUCAGUAACCUGAGGGCACAAUCAACUCAUUUUAUGAUGCCUAUGUUCGGAUCAUAGAAAUGCCACUAACUGACAUUAACAAUUUAUGCACACAGAUUCAGAUUAAAUGUAUGAAUGACAGGGAAUACCAGUUUCUGAAGGAAUACUGCUCCAUUAUGAAGCCUUUCUGUGUUGCACUGGACAUCCUACAGGGUGAGGAAACCUGUUUUUAUGGGACACUUCAACCAACACUUGAAGUUCUAAUGGCCAAAACUUUAGCAAUGCAAAAUGGCCUUUCACAGAUGAUCACUGGGUUGCCUGAAAUAAUUGUGGGAGCAAUUAAAACUCGCUUUGCCACAACAAUUGACUCCAAGAAUGCCCUUCUAGCUGCCGUCUCGCUGCCCAAAUUUAAACUUCGCUGGGUAAAAGAGGAAACCAGAAGAGAUCACAUCAAGCACCUUCUCACCACUGAGUGCCGCACCCUAACAGUUGAAGAGCCUGCCACCCCAAUGAGUGAUGCUGCUCAACCUGCUGCAGUCACCUCCUGUGAAGAUGACUUCUUUUCAUUUGAUGAAAA